AUGCGGCCGUGGGGCGCCGUUGCCGCCCUUUCGCUGCUACCGUUGGCGUUGUCUGACCUUCUGCGUACCGACUUCUCGACCUUCUUCCCGCAAUACAAUGAAGCAUUCCGCUAUAUCCUCGGCAAUGACUCCCUUUGCGGAGAGAUAUACCGCGAUUUCCGCGCGCGCAACUAUGAGAACGAGCACGGCGACAGCGACACCGACCCCUUCAAGCUGCGAAAGGCCGAGAUUGAUCCCGUGAGCGCCGCAUUCGGGCUCGAUAGCGUCACGCAUCAACUCGUCGACUGCAUACUCAAGAACACACCAGAGAUCAUCAAGGUUCGGAUGGCGAGCGCCCAGGUUCUUCUGGGAUUGACGCCGUCGCUGCUCGCCGUGCUUGGGCCCAGCCCAUGGCACACUGGCGUGAUUGCUGCCGUCGGCAAGCGUCGCCUCGCUGCGCUGCUGAUUGCCGCUGGGUCGCCGGCGCUGAGUCCGUCGCUGAGCAGCGGGAGCCAUUUGAAGGAUAGCUUUCUCCGCCCGCGACACAAUCACAUCAAUAUUCCCGUGUGGUUAGGGCGGGACAUUCGAGCAGGAAGAGGGGCUCGAGAGAAGCUGGCGAGCGCUGCCGGAUGGGCCGUCUUCUAUGUCCUCGCGGUCGCUUCCAUCGGUAACAUGGCCGAGGUCUCGUACCGCAUCGGCUCCAGGGCCAUCUUCACCUUUGUUCAAGGCGACGGCUGGUUGAUGUUCCUGUGGGCCUUUCUAGGCCUCUCGAUUCACGCAAUCGGGGCUGUUACCGUAUUCCUUCGCGUCAAGCACAUCCCAAUACCGAAGUCGGAGAUGGCAGGUCCCAAUGGAAGGGUCCAGAAGAGAAUCCGGAUCAAGAUCCUGCCGCCGACUGCGGCCACAAAGCUCAUCACAUGGUUCACGGCGGUAUACACGGUAGUUCACGUCUUUUUCGGCACCCUUCUGUUUUCAAGCGUCCUCUUUGUCUCCGUUAAGGAUUGCGUGUACAUAGUGUUGCGUCUGUUGGCUUCCGUGCUCUUCUGCCGGCUUGCAGCGGGGUUCUUUACCGUUCUUGACAGGAGGGAUGCCGAGGUUGUCAAUCGGGAAGGGCGGCUCGAGAGUGUCGCCCUGUCGAUGGAUGAGGACAGCAAAUGA